AAAAAGUGUGGGAAAGGGAGAGAUGUGUAGCACGUUGUACAAUUGUGUGAGUAAUUAAAAUUAAAAUCUGCAAUUGAAAUCGAUCCAUCCUUGUCCUUGAUCUUUCAUUCAUUCCUUCCUUCCUUCCCAAAAUCAAACUGUCUUCCCACCUAAACUUAAUAAAUAAAAAGAAAAGAAAAAGGGGUUCCUUUAUUCCCCGGAAUCUCGAAUUCUCCGUCUCACCUUUGUAGAUUAGCGAUUACGAAACAAGGUGUAAUUCUGUAGCGCGGGUUUGAUCAUCGGAUCCGGUUGUGAUCGAAGAUGAGCACGGGCGAACUUCUGAAUAUCGAUCCUUUGGAACUCAAGUUUGAACUUGAGCUCAAGAAGCAGAUCUGCUCUUCUCUUAAUUUAACCAACAAGACCGAUAGCUAUGUUGCCUUCAAGGUUAAAACCACCAAUCCCAAGAAGUAUUGCGUUCGUCCUAACACCGGCGUAGUUUUGCCCCGAUCAACAUGUCAAGUUGUAGUUACUAUGCAAGCACUGAAGGAGCCCCCUUCUGAUAUGCAAUGCAAGGACAAAUUUCUCCUUCAGAGUGUUAUAGCUAAUCAUGGCACAACUGUUAAAGAUAUCACUCCAGAAAUGUUUAGCAAGGAGGCUGGACAUGUCGUCGAGGAGUGCAAAUUGAGAGUGCUUUACGUUCCCCCACGCCAACCGCCUUCGCCAGUUCCUGAAGGCUCUGAGGAAGGCAAUUCCCCUAGGGGUUCUGUUUCUGACAAUGCUCAUUUUAGUAAUUCCGAGUCUGCUGUUGCAUCAAGGACAUUUGCUGAAUCUCAUGACAAACCUACAGAGGCAAAAGCUCUUAUUGCAAAGCUGACCGAGGAGAAAAAUUCCGCAAUUCAUCAUAAUAACAAACUCAGACAGGAAUUGGAGCUUUUGAGGCGAGAAGCUAGCAAAAGCCAAGGUGGAGUUUCAUUUAUGCUUGUGAUAUUAAUUGGUUUGAUUGGAGUUAUUUUGGGUUAUAUCAUGAAGAAGGCAUGAGGAAGCUAGGAAUGACUGUUACCUUUUAUCCCGUUACUGUUACUGUAUUAUUUACACCAGUAAUUAGAGAAACGGAUACAGGUGAAUAGGUGAUGGUGCUAGCUAUCUAUGCAGAAAGGGAAAAAGGUUGUUUAGGCGUGUUCAUGUGUUUGUAGUUAACUGAUUCACUAGUAUUGAUAAACUUAUUGAGAUUUUUUUUGUUCCCAGGUUUGAGACCAUUGAUGUUUUUGUUGCAACAUCAUUCUUUGCUAAUUUAACAACUCUGUACUAUUCCUUUUUUAGCCUUUUGGUUCACCAUAACAGCUUAGUCAGUCAUAUUUGUGUACGUAUGAAAAGAGUUACCUGUUACGUGCUGUAUCUAGAGGGAUGUUUACCCCUCGUUAUUCAUUUAAUCUUCAUGAAGUCAAGAUUUAGAUA